UAUUUUGAAAUUCUAAAAGCUGUCUCCCUUGCAGAAUAGAGAGUUCUGAAAGAAGUAUUAGAAAAGAAACUCAGUAACUAUUUUGUGAUUGAAUAUGGCCUCCUUUUUCUGCCUCUUGCUAUAGAGCUAUCCAUCACACUCCUCAGCAGACAUCAAUUCCAGUCUUCCUCCGAUGUCCACUUUCCAUCGCAGUGGCACAAACCAUUACAGCACCUCUUCCUGCACGCCUCCUGCCAACGGGACAGACAGUAUAAUGGCAAACAGAGGAAGCGGGGCAGCAGGCAGCUCACAGACUGGAGACGCUCUGGGGAAAGCACUUGCUUCGAUCUAUUCUCCAGAUCACACUAACAACAGCUUUUCAUCAAACCCCUCAACUCCUGUUGGCUCUCCUCCUUCUCUCUCAGCAGGCACAGCUGUUUGGUCUAGAAAUGGAGGACAGGCCUCAUCAUCUCCCAAUUAUGAAGGACCCUUACAUUCUUUGCAAAGCCGGAUCGAAGAUCGUCUAGAAAGGCUGGACGAUGCGAUUCAUGUUCUUCGGAACCAUGCAGUGGGCCCGUCCACAGGUGUGCCUGGUAGUCAUGGGGAAAUGCACGGCAUCAUUGGACCUUCUCACAAUGGAGCCAUGGGUGGUCUGGGCUCAGGGUAUGGAACCGGCCUUCUUUCCGCCAACAGACAUUCACUCAUGGUUGGGACCCAUCGUGAAGAUGGCGUAGCCCUGAGAGGCAGCCAUUCUCUUCUGCCAAACCAGGUUCCGGUUCCACAGCUUCCUGUCCAGUCCGCAACUUCCCCUGACUUGAACCCACCCCAGGACCCUUACAGAGGCAUGCCACCAGGACUCCAGGGGCAGAGCGUGUCCUCAGGCAGCUCCGAGAUUAAAUCUGAUGAUGAGGGUGAUGAAAACCUGCAAGACACGAAAUCUUCCGAGGACAAGAAAUUAGAUGACGACAAGAAGGAUAUCAAAUCAAUUACUAGGUCAAGAUCUAGCAAUAAUGAUGAUGAGGACCUGACCCCGGAGCAGAAGGCAGAGCGUGAGAAGGAGCGGAGGAUGGCUAACAAUGCGCGAGAACGCCUGCGAGUCCGUGACAUCAACGAGGCUUUCAAGGAGCUCGGCCGCAUGGUGCAGCUCCACCUCAAGAGUGACAAACCCCAAACCAAGCUCCUGAUCCUCCACCAGGCCGUGGCUGUCAUCCUCAGCCUGGAGCAGCAAGUUCGAGAAAGGAAUCUGAAUCCAAAAGCAGCAUGUCUGAAAAGAAGGGAGGAAGAAAAGGUGUCCUCGGAGCCUCCUCCGCUCUCCUUGGCUGGCCCCCACCCUGGAAUGGGAGAUGCAUCCAAUCACAUGGGACAGAUGUGAAAGGGUCCAAGUUGCCACAUUGCUUCAUUAAAACAAGAGACCACUUCCUUAACAGCUGUAUUAUCUUAAACCCACAUAAACACUUCUCCUUAACCCCUUUUUUUGUAAUAUAAGACAAGUCUGAGUAGUUAUGAAUCACAGACGCAAGAGGUUUCAGCAUUCCCAAUUAUCAAAAAACAGAAAAACAAACAAAAAAAAGAAAGAAAAAAGUGCAACUUGAGGGGACGCCUUCCUUAACAUAUCAUUCAGAAUGUGCAAAGCAGUAUGUACAGGCUGAGACACAGCCCAGAGACAGAAUGGCAAUCUUUCCACACUGUGGAACAAUGCAUUUGUGCCUAAACUUCUUUUGGAAAAAAAAAAUAUAAUUAAUUUGUAAGUCUGAAAAAAAAUAUUUAAUUUAAAAAAAAUUGUAAACUUGCAAUAAUGAAAAAGUGUACUUCUGAAGAAAACUACGUGAACGUUUUUGUUGGUAUUCAAGUCAGCUAGUGUUUAUAAUUCCUGGAUAUCGAAAGAGGGGAAGCUCAGCUGCCCUAGUAACAAAACCAGCAAACGUCCUGAUGACAACGAAAUGAUGACAUUAGCCAUUCCUUAGGGUAGGAGGAACAGAUGGAUCUUAUAGACCUAUGACAAAUAUAUAUAUAAAUAUAUAUAUAAAUAUAUAUUAAAAAUUUAGUGACUAUGGUAAGCUUUUGUUCAUUUGUUUCAGACUUUUUUCUCCUGUAAAAAAAUAGUACUGAUUAACUUUUUUAAAAGAAAGAUUUUACUGUAAAUAUGGAUUUUUUUUUUUUUUUGGUCUUAUUUCUGUCCCUUUUCCCAGUUUGUUAUCGUAACCUGUAGUGCCAACUCUGCUUCCGGAGGGGUGGUGCAGGAAGAAGUGCUGACCCUGAUGUUGCUUCUCAUUCAUAAAUCAGUAGAAAAUUGUUUCUCCAGUCUUUUGGGAACACAGGACAUAAAAGUCACAUCGUGUGUAGAUAUUACAAGCAGCAUUACCAAGACUCGGCAAAAAACAGUUUGUCUGGCUUGUGAAGCUGCGCUUGUGACCCUAUUCUGGGAUUUUCAGAGGUACAAGGUUAGAAUGCUACAAUGUUACCACUGUGCCUUCCAAUGUUUAUAUCAUCGGAAACAUAACAUAAUCAAAGUGGCUGUGAUUUAUCAAAAUGAUUAAAGUGUUACCUACCUGUGUAGCCGAAGUAGUGUGCAGUGAGGCGUUUCUGAAUACAUGGUCAGAUUUUUGAAAAAAAACAAAAACAAAAAAAAAGCAAGUAAAGUUCAAAAACCGUCAAAUGAGAAAAUUGCAAGUAGUGUGACAGAGCUGAUUGAUUUUGUUGCUUUCUUGACUUUUUUUUUCAAAAUGGGUUUACUAAAAUGUAGAAGACUUACCUGCCUCCUCCUUUGUCUGAAAAAUGCCAAUAUUCAAUCAUCAUGCAGCAUUAUAACAAGCCUUAUCAGUCCUAAAGCAUUAAGUUGCACUUUUUUGAGGAGGGGUAGUGCGGUAUUUGUCUGGCCAGUAUGAAUGAAGUUUAUACUUACCAUAUUUGAUAGAAACAUAGAUCAAGUUAUGGCACAGCAACUCAUCAGAUAGCUAGCUUUGAUGUCUGGGCACAAUUGAAUCAAUUUCCAUCCUAAACCUUUAUAAUGAUUGACUUUGGUGUAUAGUGCAGUAAACAAAUAGUGCUCCUAGUUAAGUAUUUUGUCAGCAUCCUUUUGUCUCUAACUUGUUUCUGUUUUUACAGCCACACAAUCUUGGCAUGUAUUUAGAAAAAAAAUCCCUGUUCAAGUAGUUUUUCCACCUAUCAGCACUGAGUAAAUGCCAUAAAUCCAUCGAAAUGGUCUAAAUGUUCCAUCUGUUCUCCUGUUUUGCCAGUUAUAUAGUAAUGAAAUACAUUUGUAAAUUUUAUGCAACAAAUGGCAAACGUAUCAUUAUUUUGAAACUGUGUAUGUAAAAGUUAUAUUUUUACAUGUAGACUCUUGUUAUUAUGUGUUUUAAUACAUUGUAUCUGUUUUUGUUUUUCUAAACUGUGUGGUUUAAAAAAAGUCUCAUUUAAAUGAAAUAGUGAGCUACAAGAAUCUGAAUUGUAUGUUCAUUUCUGAAAAUGUAAGAACAAAUAAGAUAGUUACCACGUGGUCAUCUUUUACAAACACAUAAACAUUUUGAUUAGCUCUGUGUGUGUGUGCGUGUGUGUGUGUGUGUGUGUGUGUUGUGUGUGUGUGUGUUGAAAACUGUAAAUAUGUUCAGUAGCGAUAAAACUAAAAUACUUUGAUUUGUUGAUAAGUUCCUAAAAUGUGGAGGUGGAUUAAAACCUUAGGAGAAUAGCAGAAAUCAAACUUCAUGAAAAGUUAUUUGGGGGCUUUCCUGUGAAAUGUACGAACAAAGGAGCUCAAAGAAGGGCAUGGAAGACAAUAAUGUAUACUCCCCUCCUCCUUGAACAGUGGAAAUCAUGUGUACUUGUACCCUCAGUAUGUUAAAAGAUUUCCUUGUAGUGGUACAUUCUGCACUCAUUUUGUAUAGUCUACCAAGGCGGGUAUCCCUAGGAACAAUAUUUUAUAGGAAGCAGGUAUACUCUGAUCACAUUCAGGAUAAGUGUAUAGAAGAAUAAGGUGUUUACUCUUUAGGGAACUGGAAACACUCCCUGCAUUGAUGUACAUUUUAAGAAUGGCACUUUUGAUACAUGUUAUCAGAAAGGUGCUUAAUAGAGCUGAAUUAAAGUUUUUCAAAUCUGUAAACAAAGCAAAAAAUUAAAUUGUAGUCAUUUGAUUAUUUUUUAAAUUGGUGCUUUAUAUUUUGUUCUCACUCAAAUGGAGUAAAAGCUGCAACUUCUUAUUCACCAGCUUUGAUGUAUUCAUUACUCAGUAAUGCAAUACCUCGAUUGUCGAAUUCCCUUUUGAAAUGAGUGGAAAAACUUCCUAAUGGCCACCCAAAGCUGUUCGCUGCUUUUUGUUUGGUGGAGAAACAUGAUCUGCACCUAUUUGUAUUAAUUGGGUUGUGGUCCCCAGUAAAAAAAGAAGAAAGGGAAUGUGGCCUUUUUAGUGUGCUUUUUCUUGUUGUUGUCUUAUAAUUAUCAAACCCAGGUAAGAUAUUGGUAUCCUGCACUGGAUUUUCAAAUGAAAUUUAGCAGAAGACAGGAUUGAAGUACUAUACAAAAUUUAUAAAGGUCCAUACUAUGCUACGUAUAUAUAUUUAUAUAUGAUGAAACUUAGGCUGGGGAUUGGUUUAAGAAACUUGGACUUUGAAAGCAACUUGGAACAGUUGAUCCACCUCCACAUUCAAGUAAUUUAUGAAUAUGCAGAAUAGGGAUCUGUUCAUCUAGGAAUUUUUACCAUUUGUCUUCUGUGUAGCUGCAAGGAACACUAAUGUUUAUACAACUGUCAGUCCACCCAGUGGUGCAACUGGUUCUGAGUCAGUCUUCCGAUUCUUUUUUGUUUUUUGCUUUUUCCUAUUUCUUGAAUUUUUUUAUUUGUGAUCUUUAUUUUGAUGAGGGCUGGGGAGUGGGGAGGGAGUCGAACCAAGACUUGGGGUUAAGAGGAUUUUCAUCUUUGCAUCCAACAGGCAGAAUAUGAUCUGUGUCCAAAACUGAACUUGAGUCAGGAAUGAAACCAUUUCAGCAUAAACAAGCACAAAAAUUUAGUCUGCUGGCUGACUGGAAGCAAAAAAAAAAAAAAAAAAAAAA